AUGGCGUCUCCGUCGCACGAUGAGUCGACCCCAGCAACAGCACAGCUGGUUGAUGAACUGGCUGCUGAAACCACAACACCCGCCCCCCUCUCGCCUCCCCGCAGCAAGACACCGCCGACCGUCAUUGGGAAGCGCCCGCACAGCGAGACUCAGGCGGCAGCCAGCAUUGGAGCGAACCGAAGUGGCAGUGAGCCGGUCAGCGCAACAGCAUUGAACAAAGCAUUAGAGAGGAUUGAGCAGACAGGACAGCGGCGGGUCAGCACUCCCACAGCGAGCCCCAGUCGCAAGCGCCAGAAAGUAAAAGCUGGCGAUCGGUUCAUACCAAACCGCGCGGGACAGGAUCUUUCCGCCAGCUACAACCUGCUUCAUGAAGAUGGUUCCCCGGCGACCCCUUCCAAGCUCAAGAAGGCACCAAGCGACCUCCACUUCCAGAAGCGAGAGGCGAACCGGCAGUACUCAUCCAUUCUGCGGUCCGAGAUGUUCGACAAUGAGGUCCCGCAGUCUAUCAACGAGCGAUCGGGAUCACGAGCUCAAACGCCGCCCGUGGCUGCCUCGACCUCAAACUCGGCCCCAUCAAAUUCGGCCCUUACUCCUUCAACACCUCACAAGAACCUCUUCUCAUACGGCCCGAAUGUGCAAGUAUCUCUGACGCCCCGAUCAAUAUCACGGAGCGAGCGUGGACCAAACAUCAACGCAAGAUCGGAGAUAUACAGCCUCUCGCCAGUGAAGCACUCGUCCCAGUCGAUGCUUCUUUCUCCACGAAAGACGCCACGCGCGGUGAGCAAGGUGCCUUACAAAGUGUUAGAUGCACCUGACUUGGCGGACGACUUCUACCUCAACUUGGUUGAUUGGGGAUCGAACGACGUGCUUGCUGUCGGACUUGGUCCUUCGGUGUACCUCUGGAAUCGAGAAACUGGCAAGGUCACUACCCUCUGCAUGCUGGAUGGAGAUAGCGUAACGAGUGUCAACUGGAUACAACGUGGCACUCACCUCGCCAUUGGUACCUCAAAGGGCCUACUUCACAUCUGGGACACAGUCGCUCAGAAGCGGUUACGGACGAUGACUGGACAUACCUCGAGGAUUAGCAGUCUUGCGUGGAAUGCACACAUCCUCUCAACUGGAUCCAGAGAUCGGACUAUCCUGCACCGAGAUGUCCGACUGCCCACGAUGUGGCUGCGGCGACUUACUGGGCACAAGCAGGAAGUGUGUGGGCUGAAAUGGAAUUCUGACACAGAGCAGCUAGCGUCUGGUGGUAACGAUAACAAGAUUUUCAUCUGGGACCGCAUGGAGGAGAGGUGGCAGCAUCGGUGGGGCGAGCAAGAAGGCGGACACAAAGCAGCGGUCAAGGCGAUUGCGUGGAAUCCCCAUCAACGAGGAGUGCUCGCAUCAGGAGGUGGCACGGCCGACCGGUGCAUCAAGUUCUGGAACACGAUCUCCAGCGCACAGACUGCGACGUCGAGGAAUGUACCACCCGAACAGACCAAUCUCGGCCUCGGACUGUCUACAUCACCUACGCCGGAAUCGCCACUCUCGCCGCAGAUGCUAAACCCGCAUCUCAUUAGCUCUCACGAUACUGGAAGCCAAGUCUGCAAUCUACUGUUCUCACAGCGCACAUCUGAACUGGUCAGCACGCACGGCUACUCGCAGCAUGCUAUCAACAUCUGGAAGUACCCGAGCAUGAACCAGGUCGUGAGCCUCACGGGUCACACAUAUCGUGUGCUGUACUUGAGCAUGAGCCCAGACGGUGCCAUCAUCGUGACUGGUGCCGGCGACGAGACACUCCGGUUCUGGGACGUCUUCGCGAAGCCCAACAAGGAGCCAAAGCGAGGCAUUGUCGGAGAAUGGGGUAUAAUUCGGUAG